CGCGCUCUCCGAACCUUCUCGAACAAGGAGCCUCGCAAAUCGAAACGAAAUUACAAUUAUGAAAUCGUAGUCAAAUUAAAUCAUAUUAAAAGUGUAUUCGAAGAGUUUUACCGCCAAAUUCGAAAUUGGAAUUCGAAUCGUGUUUAUUUUUUUCUAAUAGAACAGCGCAUGCAUUAGUUUAACGCGCCUUGAAUUCGAAAUACGAAAUUCGAAAAACUUAUUAGACUUAGCAAAAAGGCAAAGAAGUUUUACAAGAAGAUUCUGUGUUGGAAUUUUAAUUGUGUCAAAGUUGAUGGAAAAAUAAAUAUUUAAUUUGUUUGUGUGUGAGUUUUAUUGGACUGUGCCUGGAUUUGGUUUAUCUGUAACGAGAUGACCCCUGUCGGACUACUGUUCAAAGUCAACAGUGAGGGACUAUUCACGUGUCCAGUUAACGCUUCCCCUGUCGAUUACGCAAAGAUUUAUCCCGAUCCUGAGUCUGAGAAGGCGAUAAUGGGGUCGGUGGUGUACUGCAUCCAUCACAAAGAAGGAUGUCAGUGGUCAGACGAGCUCCGCAAACUGAAGGCACAUCUAAAUACUUGCAAGCACGACGCGGUGCUAUGUGCCGCGCACUGCGGCGCCAUGAUACCGCGGGUGCUCAUGCAGGACCACCUCCGCUACACGUGCCCGCGGCGCCGGGCCAACUGCGAGCACUGCCACACCGAGUUCUCGGGCAGCGCGCUCGAGGAGCACCAAGGAAACUGCGGCCACGAGCCCAUCUACUGCGAGAACAAGUGCGGCGCCAAGGUGCAGCGCCGACACACGCAGCAGCAUCUGCAGCAGCACUGCAGCAAGCGCCUCGUGCCGUGCAGACACUGCGGCCAGAAGUACACGCAGGACACGGUGUGCGCGCACGGCGAGGGCUGUGCCCGUGCGCCCGUGCCGUGCCCGCAGCGGUGCGCCGCGCCCGUGCCGCGGGACCUGCUCGACGCGCACCUGCGGGACCACUGCACGGCCGCCGCGCUGCCCUGCUCCUUCAGGGACGCAGGAUGUAGAUUUAAGGGCAGUCGGCAGGCGGUGGAGCGGCACACGGAGGAGAGCUGCGCGCAGCACCUGUGCCUGGUGUCGGCAGUCGCGGCGCGGCAGGCGCGGCAGCUGGACGCGCUGCGGGCGGCGGUCGCGCGCCUGUCGCUCAACUGCACCGGCGCGCUCGUCUGGCGGAUCGCGGACUGGACCGCCAAGAUGGCCGAGGCCAAGUGUAAGGACGGCGUCGAGCUGGUCUCCCCCGCCUUCUACACCAGCCAGUACGGGUACAAGUUACAGGCGUCACUCUUCCUUAAUGGCAAUGGAGCUGGAGAGUCCACCCACAUGUCGGUUUACAUCAAGAUACUGCCCGGAGAGUACGACGCUUUGCUCCGCUGGCCAUUCGCCCACACUGUCUCCUUCACUCUCUUCGACCAGAGCUCCAGCCCGGACCGAGCCUGCAACAUUGUGGAGUCAUUUGUACCGGAUCCAACGUGGAAGAACUUCCAGCGACCCUCGAAAGAGCCAGACGCAUUAGGAUUUGGUUUCCCAAGGUUUGUAUCCCACGAAAUGCUCAAGAAAAGGAAUUUCGUCAAAGAUGAUAUUAUGUUUUUGAGGGUCAAAGUUGACCCGAGUAAAAUCGUUGCUGUUUAAAUUAAAAUAGUCCUAUUUUUAGUUCUUGACAACACUGCCAUUUUUUCACUGUCUAUAACAUCUGAUUCGAUUUUGACAAACUAGAUUUCAUGUCAUUAAAAUUUUAUUUUAAGGAGGGUAUGUAGAGAUUCUACCCUCUCAAAUAGUUGAAUGAUUUAUAUAAUUUUUGGUAGCAACUUAAGAUUUAAGUAGAAAUUUAAGUAAUAACAACGGCGCGCAAGUUUUGAACAAGUCAUGAUUAGCAUAAGUAAUUUAAAAGUCAUCGUUUUUAAGUGUAAAUAUUAAAAUCUUAGCAUUUACAGUAUUUUGUAUAUAAUAUCAUAAUAUUCUUGUAAAUAUUAGGAAGUUAAGAAGCGCAUAUGCAGCAUUGUUAUUCUUUCACUAAAGAUCUCUUGUGUUUCAUUGCCGAUUGGAAAAUGUGACUAAUGUUUUGAAAGGUAUAAAACUUUUUUGCUGCGAGAAAAUAUCAUGAAAAAUAUGAACAACCUGUUGAAGUCUAUGGAACUCUAACAAUAUGGAUAAUAAAGAAGUUUUAAGAUAAACGAGACUGGUAAUAUUAAAGCGGAAUAUAAACAUUUAAAAAGCAGAAGAAAGUAAAUAAAUACUUAGUAUAUUUUUGUGUUAAUUUUUUACCUGCAAGAAUUUUAAUGAUUUUAUCUGACCUAAAGUCGAUAAAACUACCUGUUUAGAUCAAAUAUUUUAUGCCGCUAGUAGAUUUUUUUUAAAAUAAAUAAUACACAAAUUUUUAUAGGUCACUGCAAAAAUUUUGUGUAAAAUUAAAUAAGCAUGUUCUGUAGCAUUUUUGUUGGCCUUAAGUGAGUUAUGUCAAAGGCUUUUUGAAAAGUUCUCAGAACUAACAUUUUCAUUAGAUAUUUUAAAAUUUAAAACAUGUUCUCCUUGUUUUUGGUAAACCAUAUCAUGAUGGAGUCUAAAACUGAUUGUUGGCCAUUUUAAGUCUGAAGAGAAAUAAAAUAUUCUUAAUUUGCUAUUUUGUUUUUUGUUGUACCAUUGUUUCAAAUAUAGACGUCCUAUUAUUAGGAAAUAUGGUAUGUGAACUUAAAGGAAAAUGGCAAAAUUCAAGUCUAAAUAUUAUGUCACUCAUAAACUUCAAUGAAAUUUUGUAUUUUUCAAACAGUUGUAUUGAGUUCAAGUUACAUCGGCAGAUCUUUGUAAAUAAAUAAACAUAAUGUUUAAAUUGUUGAUAUAUUAUACCUAUAAUAAUUUUUUGCACAAAGUUAUACUUAAUGUAAACUGUACAUAUUAUAGAUAUUUGCAACGAAGUGUUUCCAUAUUCUUAAAAGCUGGAGUUAGACCAAAGUAUAGAUAUAGCUUUGCGAUUGGAUACUAAUGAAUACAAGGUCUUAGGUAUACUAAACUAAUUGUGCGUAAAAUGUUUUUGUCUUUGUUAAAAGAUGGAUGGUGAUGUAUUGCAGGUAGUCAUUGCUAAGUUCAUAAAGAUUCAUAAAGCAACAAUUUUGUUCAAGAGUACUGAUAACUAAUGAGCCGUCGUUUGUUAUAAACUCGUAACCACGACGCUGUUUGUAAGCUUUAUCAGCCAUAGAGGUAUUAUAUGCUUCUAAGUCACGGACACUUGAUACAAUGGAAUUAAAGACUGACGUCAUUUAAGGGGACUGAUUGGCACCGAGAAUUAGGUAUCUGCUUAUUUAAUCAAAUUAAAAAAUCUCAUAAUAUGUAAUAAAUGAUUUAUUCUUUUGUUUUGAAGCAUGGUGCAGUAUGUAUACAAAGACCUAAUUGUAUAUUGUACAUGAGCGAAGCAUAUCAACUUGUAUCUACAUUAAGCAGCUAAAGCUGUGUAACAUAAGAUUGUGUGUAAGGUUUAUUUGCUUUUAAAACAUGUUCUCUUUUAGUUGAUAAAGUUUUAUUUUUAAAUUUGGAUACGUGAGGAAUUCUUCUUGACACGUCAGCGGAUUAAAAUGUCAUACUUGAUAAUUUGUUCAAUAAAAACUAACAGCAUUGGAAACUGAAACUUGUGUAUUCAUAAUAAUUAUCAAUUCUCGUUUAUUUAAAUUAAGAUUUUUAUAUUAUCUGUGUGUCUAAUGUUUUGGAUUAGGAUCUCUAUGAAACGCUUUCUUUUGUAAAAUUAUCUCAACCGUAAAUGUGACAUUCCAGUUAAAAACAUUAUAAAUUAAGUUUGAUUCGUAAUAAUCAUUGAUGGCCAUAACUAACUACUAGUAAUAUACAUACAUAAUUGUGAACAACAGAAGUAUAUGGGGUUUUUUGUAGUAAUUAUUUUACAUAAAUUUCCUUAAAUACAAGUUUAAUUCUUUUGAUGGAACAUACAUUUAAAGGAAUCUUACUUUAAAACAAAUGGUCGUUCGGGGUUCAUAACAUACUAGACCAAUCACCUUUUGAAAACAUGGAAAAUGAUUAACAUCCCUGUGCUUCUGUUUGAAAAUACAUGACUGAAUUCUAAGUUCAUUGACCGUUUGUUUGUAUCUUUGAUUAAAUAAUCCUUAAUUUAUGUAGGUACAUAAUUAUAUUAAAUUUCAAUAUUUCUUUGAUAGCUAAAAAUAUAAAUUAAUAUUUUAUAGUUUAUUAAUUGAAGCUGCCUAUCUAGAUUAUAAUCUAGGCUAAGUGCAUUUAAAUUUAAUAAGUACCUUAUAGUGACAUAAAUAAGACUAACAGAGCAAUUAAUUAGGUUCGUAGUUUGCGUCUUCUACUUUUUUACAUUUAAGUGAAGAAUUGUAAAUCUUGGUUUUCAGAAGGAAAUAUAUUUUUUUCUUAUGAAUUUUUUAUUUUAUUUCUAUACAAAGCAAUUAUAAGGGAUUGUUAAAACGAUAUAUUGACAGAAAAUUACACCAAUAUGGAAAUGUUAAUGUAGGGAUCAGGUAGUAGUAACAACCCGCUCGGCGGUGUAUCGCC